GACUUCCGCAAAUGUGAAGUAUGAAUGUAAUGAAAUCGUUUCGAGAGGUGUUAUCGAAUGCGAGAAACGUGUUAAUAUUAACUGGCAGCGGAAUUUCUGCGGAAUCUGGGAUUCCCACAUUUAGAGGUGCCGGUGGUUUUUGGCGGAGAUACCAAGCACAGAACCUUGCUACUCCGGAAGCAUUCGCAGCAAAUCCUUCUUUAGUCUGGGAAUUUUAUGAAUAUCGUAGAAGAGUAGCUAACGCGGCUAAACCUAAUAAAGCUCAUGAAGCAAUAGCAAACUUUCAACAGCAUGCCUCUGGAAAAGGCAGUAAGGUUACCAUUGUAACACAGAACAUCGAUGAACUUCAUCAAAGAGCUGGUGCUAAAGAUGUAAUAGAGCUUCAUGGUUCGCUUUACAAAACACGUUGCACUGUUUGCCACGAGGUGACUACAAAUACAAAUAUUCCAAUAUGUCCUGCACUAGAAGGAAAGGGAUCUCCGGAUCCCAACAUUAUGGUCUCUGACAUUUCCAAAGAUGAUUUACCUAAAUGUCAAACAGAGAACUGCAAGGGUUUACUGAGACCUCAUAUAGUAUGGUUUGGUGAAAACUUGAAUGACCAUGUACUUCAACAGGCCUACAAUGCUGUGGAAAAUUGUGACGCAUGUUUAGUUAUUGGUACAUCGUCGAUUGUGUACCCUGCGGCAAUGUUUGCACCGCAAGUGGCGAAACGCGGUGUUCCUGUCGCUGAAUUUAACUUGGAGACAACUCCCGCUACGAGACACUUUACGUAUCAUUUUCAAGGACCCUGUACAAUUACAGUGACGGAAGCUUUGGAACUUUGAAUUUGUAAAUUACACAUGUUCAAGAUGGUACAAUAUCUUUCCUACCUUGUACCAGGCACACUUCAGUG